AUGACCGUGAAUGAUGGCGAUGACUUUAGCCUCUCAACCGCUGCCUGUCACCCGCUGGCAUCUCCAAUAUCACCCUCCUGCUAUAACUCGGCCGCUGUGAUUACGCUGGGCAAAAUUCGCUAUCACCCGGCCGGGGUCCAAGCCCAGGUGCACAUCCACUCGCUGCACCCUGAAACAUUCACCAACUCGCUCUCAAGGCCGUUGUGGGCUGGGCUCGGCCGUCUCGCUGGCCACAACGCCAAUGAGUCUCGAUCAACUGCACUGUUCCUCGACCUGCCCCUUUGCCACGGCCCUCUGCUUCUAGAAGAGAAUCAUCCUCGUCUUCACGAGUACGAGCCCCAGAUGUCAUGUCUGUCAAUUCUGUGCAGCAGCCAACGCAAGGACGCUGCAUGCUCCCUUGCCGUUCCAAUUUCGGCCCUCGAGUCUCGAGACGACAUUGGGCUCAACGUGCAUGGUUGGGAUCUUGAGACCCUUAUCCCAAUAAUGGCGCCCAUCUACAUUGACGAGGAUGUGGGCCGCGACGACGAAGCUGCCGCCGGCACCGACCUCUCCCCCUACAAGACUCUCGUCUACGCCAUGCUGCAAUACCCCCCAUCCACCGAGAACAUCCAAUACCUCACUCGAAAAUCCGAAACCGGCCCCGUGAGCGAAGAUGGCGAUCCGUCCGUCCGACUCGAGUGGAAACCAGCCACCAAAUCUGCCAUGAAGAAAGCCACGAGUCUGUAUGAGGCGAGGAAGCGGAAAGCGGCCAAGGAGCACGAGGUGGUUCUUCGCCAGAAGGAGGAGGCGGAGAAGAGACGGCUAGUGCUGGAAGAAGCGAAGAAGGUGGUUAUCAAGGAGGACGAGUCGCUGCCAAAAGCCGUCAAGGUCAGGCUGGACGAGAAGGACCCCGCAAAGGUCACCGCGGGCGACGGCGAGACCAAGGGCACACGAGUCCGGGUUCUGGGGAGAAUCCACCACCUACGCGUGCAAAAGGACAUCAUAUUCGUGACAUUGUACGAUGGCUAUGGCCUCUUGCAAUGCGUCUUUACUGGCAACCUCAUCAAGUCGUACGACGCCAUGACAUUGACGCUGGAGACAUCGCUUGCCAUCCACGGAGAGAUGCGCGCCGUUCCACCCAAGCAGCACGCCCCUGACAACAGAGAGUUGCAUGCAGAUUUCUUCCAGGUCAUUGGCAAAGCCGCCGGCGACAAGGAGGCCAUUUCGACCCGCGUGGCGCCCGACGCUGACCCCCAGACGCUUUACGACAACCGACACCUCGUCCUCCGCGGCGAAACGGCCUCGUCCGUGAUGAAAGUGCGUGCUGCGGUUCUGCGUGCCUUUCGCGCUGUUUUCGAAAAGAGUCGCAUGCUCGAAGUGACCCCCCCGGCGAUGGUGCAGACGCAAGUCGAGGGCGGCGCCACUCUCUUCUCAUUCGACUACUACGGUGAGCCCGCCUACCUCACGCAGUCCUCCCAGCUCUACCUCGAAACCUGCCUCCCCUCCCUCGGCGACGUGUUCUGCGUCUGCCCGUCCUUCCGUGCCGAAAAGUCCCUCACCCGCCGCCAUCUCUCCGAGUACACUCACAUCGAAGCCGAACUGGACUUUAUCACCUUCACCGACCUGCUCGACCACAUCGAAGCCAUCGUCUGCCAGGUCAUCGAUCUCGUGCUGGCGGAUCCACAGACCGCAGCGGCCAUCAAGGCCCUCAACCCGUCCUUCACCCCGCCCAGCCGGCCCUUUAAGCGCAUGAAGUACGCGGAAGCGAUCGAGUGGCUGCGCGAACACAACAUCCCCAACGAAGACGGCACCCCGCACACCUUUGGCGACGAUAUUGCCGAGGCGGCGGAGCGCAAGAUGACGGAUAUCAUCAACCAGCCGAUCUUCCUGACGCAUUUCCCCGUGGAGAUCAAGGCGUUUUAUAUGAAAAAGGACCCGGAGGAUUUGAGGGUCACGGAGAGCGUGGACGUGUUGAUGCCGGGUGUGGGGGAGAUUGUGGGCGGGAGUAUGAGGAUGGAUGAUUGGGAUGAGUUGAUGGAUGCGUAUGCUAGGCAGGGGAUGGAUCCCAGCCCAUACUACUGGUAUACGGAUCAGAGAAAAUACGGAACCUCUCCUCACGGCGGCUAUGGACUGGGGCUGGAACGAUUCCUGGCGUGGAUGUGUGGACGAUACACGGUUCGGGAAUGCUGUCUCUACCCCCGUUUCACCGGCAGAUGCACCCCAUGA